GGCUGUGAAAAGAUGAUGGAUCUCGGUCAGCUGCUCAACUAUGCGAUGCUCAUUGUCUUGGCUUUUGCUAUUGUGAAGUUUUUUGGAAUGCUUGGGAUCUGCGUGUUAGCCUGCAAGAAGGAAAACCAAGGGUAUCAGUCCCUGAGCACCAGAGUGUUUGCCUGACCAAGAAAUAGAGGACUUUUCCCUUUGGGAUCUCCAUGAACAAAAAAUGGAAAGAUCUUUUGAGCCUACUUUUUAUGAAGUCCCAAAGGAGAUUACACUGGCUUUCAUAAGUAAUAUUAAAGGUGAAAUAGUUGGCAUUAACAUCCUGAUAAACCUGAGAUUUGUCUGAGGUAGUUGAAAUUAAGGUGCCCUUUUUUUUAAACAGCAGAUGGAGACAUUCACCAGAAAAGGCAGACCAACACUUGCGAUUCCAGUGUGUGAUAUAAUUUGUGAAUCUAUCCUUGAAGAGAUUUAAAGAAAUUAUUUUUUUACCCACAGCACACUUUUUCCCUGAUUGGCUGGGCCAUUGGCAUAUGGUAAAGGGCUAGGUGCUUAUAGCAAACCUCUAAAAAUCCAGCAGAAAUGGCUAAAUGUUAGACAUGUUGAAAUCUACUCGGAGAUAAAUGUUGAGAACCUAGCAUGCCUUGGAUUGAAGCUGGAUUCUUCUCCCAAGAGAAAUUGCAGGUUUGAAUGCUGACAAUUUCUUUUACUUUAGACUGACAUUCUCUAGAGUAACUUGGGAGAUUUAGACAUAGGCACAGUUCAUCUCAGAGGGACCAGCUUUUCUAACAGAAUAUCCAUUAAAUUUCUGACCGUAUGAAUUCUUUUGCUCAGAAGUUGUGUUAGGUUAGAAAUGAAUAUAAGAUUCCAAUUUUUUUAGCUCAUGAUGAUGAAUUCUGGUCGUAAGGGUUCCCCAAAGUGACAAUUCAUAUAGGGGAAGCACAAUAACAUAAUCCCUAAAAUAGGCUUCAGGUUGUCCAAACCUUGGAAACUUUCAAAUUUGUGGACUUCAACUUCCAGAAUUCCCCAACCACCCAUACCUGCUGGGGAAUUCUGGGAGUUGAAGUCCUUGAGUCUUAAAGUUGCUAAGGUUGGACACCCCUGUUUUAAGCAAAGGAAGUUACUCUUCUCUAAAAAACAAUCAUAGCUUUAUCUCUGGGGGGAAAAAAUACGCUUUGUUACCAUCCUUAGUUCUGCUCUGUCAAAACUAAGUACAAUUCCCAGCUAUAAAUUUGUUGAGCUACAGAACAAAAUCAGAAAUGCAGGAAUCCUUCAGAAGUGAUGAAUUAAUUACUUAUUCUCAGCCAUAUCUGCACAGAGUAGUUAUGUAUUCCAGAGAUACCAGAAGGCUGAUAUAGGUGAAUGUGGUUUACUUUUUUAGUCUUUAUUCACUGGAUGCUCCAGUUUAAAUACAGUCUAUUUUUGAUCCCAAUAAUCCAGUAUGCAACGCAGUUGAGUAAAAUUUCAGGAUGUGCCUGGAAAUAUAUUAAAAACAUGAUGCUACUUUCAUUCCAAUAGCAGCUGAUGAUUAUUCCGCGUUUUUGGAUGGCAUUAAAACAAUUUCUCCAGAUGAAGGAUGUUGACUUGCUGGGCCAUGUAUUCUUCAUUUUUUUGUCAUCUUACAUAGCAUAUGUGUUGCUGGGGCGAAAAGCAGCAGUUUUUGUUUCUCAAACCAUUUAUAUUUAAAUUUUGAGUAUUGUAUGGCUACUUAGAUUACAUAAAGAGCCUCCUAAAACCUAAAUAAAAAUUUCAAAAAAA